AUGGCUUCCUCAACCCUCCCUUCAGUUACCCAAUCUGCAACAGCAGUAGCAUCAGCAAGCACAGCACCUCACAAGGCCUUCGCUUAUUACCAAUACGACCCCUCCGUCCCAGCUGCUGCAAUCUUCACAGUCCUUUUCCUCGUCACCACCGCCUUCCACUGCCUGCAAGCCUUCCGCAAACGUACCUUCUUCUUCAUCCCCCUCAUCGUCGGUGGCUUCUUCGAAUGGAUCGGCUACAUCACCCGCAUCCUCGCCCAUUACAACAUGGACAGCAAGGGCAUCUUCAUCACGCAGACCCUGCUCCUCCUCCUCCCACCUUCGCUAUUCGCAGCGAGCAUCUACAUGGUGCUCGGCCGGCUGAUCCUAUACACUCAAGGGGAGAGCAUGGCGCCCAUCAGAGCGAGCCUGUUAACAAAGAUCUUCGUGGCGGGUGAUGCUCUCAGCUUCCUGGUGCAGGCCGGCGGCGGUUCCAUGAUGGCAAGCGCCGACCGGCAGGCCCUCGGCAAGAACCUGGUCAUCAUCGGCCUCGUCCUCCAGAUCCUCUUCUUCGGCCUCUUCGUCAUCACCUCCAUGAUAUUCCACCGCCGCAUGACCACCUCCCCGACCAUCGCCGCGCUGGAGGCGCCGUGGCAGAAGUACAUGUACGCCCUCUACGCUGCGAGCCUCCUGAUCUUCAUCCGGUCCGUCUUUCGCAUCUUCGAGUUUGCGGGGGGCCACGAUGGCAAGUUGAUGAGCACCGAGGUGUACAUCUACAUUUUCGAUGCGGCCCUCAUGCUCGGCGUCAUGGUGGUCUUCAACGUGGUACAUCCGGGAGCGAUCAUCGGGAGGAGGGAGGAGAUGAAGGGUGCUAUGCCACUAGGUGGCUUGGAGAGCGGGAGUGAGAGCUUCCUCGGAGGACCUAGGCGAUGA